UAGAAGAAUCAUAUUUAGAUAUGAGUGAGAUUGGGAAUUAUUUAAUAGGUAGUGGAACCAUAAAUAUUUUGUAAUAGGGAAGACAAUAGGAUAAGGGACUUUUAGUAAGGUUUGCCAAGCAAUAAAUCAAGUGAUAGGUCAUGAAGCAGCAGUAAAGGUUCUUGAGAAGAAAUGUAUAAAUUAAGAAGGAGACAUAGAGAGAGUAAAGAGAGAAAUUCAAAUAUUGAAAUUGCUUCAUCAUCCUUAGAUUGUGAAACUUUACGAGGUUAAAAUUUAGCAUAGAAUAAUGCAUAGGUAAUCGAGACAGAAAACCAUAUCUAUUUAUUCAUGGAGUAUGCGAAUGGUGGAGAACUGUUUGAUUAUAUUGAUAGAGUGAAAUAGUAAGAUAAUUAAUUUGAAAUGAGUAGAGUAACAGAAUCCGAAGCAUGCAAAUUCUUUCAUUAGAUCAUUUCUGGAUUAGAAUAUAUGCAUAAUUAAAAAGUGAUUCAUCGAGAUUUGAAACCUGAAAACUUAUUAUUGACUAGCGACAGAGAUAUUUUAAUUGCUGAUUUCGGAUUAAGCAACCUUUAAAAAGAUAUAUUAAAGACAUGUUGUGGUAGUCCUUGUUACGCAGCUCCAGAAAUGAUACAAGGAGAACCUUAUAAUGGACAAUUGACAGAUAUUUGGAGUUGUGGCAUUAUUUUGUUUGCUAUGAUUUGUGGUUAUUUACCAUUUGAUGAUAUAAAUACUUAAAACCUAUAUUAGAAGAUUAUUAAUGCAGAGUACACAUUUCCUAAACAUAUAUCUAUUGAUGCCAAGGAUCUUAUUAAAAGAAUUUUAGUUGUUAAUCCAUUAAAAAGAUAUUCUAUACAAUAAAUCAAAAGACAUAAAUGGUGGCAAUUAUGGAAAAGAGAUGUCUAAUAUUUCGAUAUCAUUAGAAUCCGUCUAUGUCAGCAUUCAAAUCCAGAUGUAUAACCAUACCUUGUUAUUUUCUACCAAACAGUGUUUACAAUCAAGACAUACCAAAUCUACCUAAAAAUUCACCAAGAAAUGCUAAAUCACCUGUUGCCAAAUCUCCACCUACUAAGUCACCUAAUACUAAAUCAACAACAUCUAAGUUAUCUAAUAGUACUACUUAUAAAUAGGUCUAUGAUUAAAUUAAAAUGAGAUAAACACCAUCAAAAUCAUUACAUGAAUCUUCUAAUAAUAAUCAUUCUACAAAAACUCAUAAUAUUAAUAAUACUAAUAAUAAAUAUAAUAUAUUUACUAAACCUAAUAAUAAUUAUGCUUUUUCUAAUAAACAUAAAAAAUAACCUUCAGCAUAAUAAUACUCUACUCUCAUGAAAUAAACAUAAUUCUCAAAAGUUGUUCAAAGUAUACAUGAAAGUAAAAAACUUAAAAUAUUUUAAAAUACUACCACUCCUCUUAAAACACCUACUAAACACUUUUAUUCUCAUAUUCGAAAUGUUAGUGAUUUGGAUAAAAUUAAAUUUUAAACUACCCUUAAAAUUGAUGAAUCUUUAUCCACUCAAAAUAUUCUAUAAAGAUUUACAUCAGGAUUAAACAGUUUAAGAAAUUCACCGAGAUAACCUAUUAAUAUAAGAGGAAUAGAGUAACACACUGGUCCUUAUAAUUUAGCUUUCAUAACUAAAAAACAUCCUUAAUUAUUUAUGAAUAUCAUACAUAAUUAUUUGAAAAUUCACUUCACUAUAAUCUUUUACGAGAAUUAUUCAAUAACAUUGAAACUAAAUAAUGAUUAAUUGAUUGAAAUAAGAUUAAAAAGAAUUGAAUAGGUAGAUGUAUAUUAUCUAGAUAUCAUCUCGUAAAACUAAAACUUUCCUGAACUACAUUAAUUUGUAAAAGAACUCUAAUUGAAUAUUAAAUUUUGA